UUCGUGUCCAUUCCUUCAUCCUUCGUCAUUGGUAUAAGCAUAUAGGUACCUAGGUACGGAUACCGCAUGACUCCGCCUUCCACCUUUGGUUUUAUGGGUCCAAGCGCCCAGCGACUUACCUUUCUUAACAGCCCGAAUCUCAUUCAGAUUCGAAUCUUGAUCUCUCUCACCGUCAAACAUCUUCCAAGACAAGAAGAACCAUUUUUCUUGGGCGCGUUUUCUCCCCGCUCAACACAAGUGUUCUUUUUCGCCGUCGCCCUACUUAGAGGGCUUUUGACUUGAUUGAUUCUUCUCUAGGUAUACACACUAUUGUGACGCCCACUAUCUACCUAGGAACAUUUUCCGUCCAAUUCUCACAUUUUCAUCACUAUCACCUGCAACAGCAAAAUCAUUUGCCCUGAUCGGUUUGACCGCAUUUCAGGUUUUUAAUAGACCAAGACGCAGAUCGCGUUUGGAUACAUGAGAUGCAAUAGCCUGCCAUUGUAGCCAUCACAUCUUUCUUUCACUUCAAGGUUGUACCAGUAUCACUCACAGGACCCCUACUUUUUUCACGGUAAGGUUAGGAUUACUGUCGUGAUGACGAGAGAACGGAAGAAAGUCCCGGCGCCGACCCGUGGCGUGCGGGCUCUAACUCGUCGCGCGAAGAUGGAUAAACAACACCAGUUACAACAGCAACAUGAUGACAGAUGGCGGAACUUGAAUCCUCACAAGAACCCGCCCAAGAUGAAACACAAGACAACCUUUGAGUUGGUCGAGAACUCAGACAAGAAGAAGAAACUCGAAUGCGAGAUUACUACCGACAGAAAUCCACCCCCGGGUUUUGAAUUCGUUCCCAUAGGACACCCAGCACUAUCUCACAUGUGUAAGGAGAUAUCCAGAGAACAAGAUGCCAUGAUAUUCAUCGUCUCUGACCGCGAGAAUCCGAAUGCCCUCGAGCACCAUAUGAACCGAGUUGGUUACCAUUAUCGGCAAACGAUUGUCGAACAAGCCCGCGAGAAGUUGGUAGCUAUUGGAAAAUCUAUCCAAGUCCCAAAACCUCGCAAACCUGGCGAACCGGAACCGAUCCCCAAAAACCAAGAGGAAAUCGAUGCCCAAGCUGAUAAUGUUCUAAGAGACCUUUUUCCAAGAAUUCCUCAUACGGACCGACGCGAGAUCAUUCAACAUGCUUUUCGAAAAGAUGGUAAAUUCCAUGGAGAGUCUAGAGUUGGCAUGGUUAAAGAACUGACCUUAGCACGUCGUGUUCAACUCGCUGCGCUUGCUCACAUUAGGCACACUCAUACUCGUUAUGAUGAGUUAUUAAAAGAGGCUGGUUGGGCUAACGCUCGAAAAGCUGUAGAAAAGCCGUGCCUAGAUGUCAUCGUCAAGUGGCGAGGAGAUGAAGAAACCGGCCGCGACCAGCUGGAUGAGAUUCUUCGUGAAGUCAUUGAGAUCACAGAUACCGAGGAUUCCGAGGAUGAGAAUCCCAUUGUAGAGCCUACCCCGGCUCCUCGCGCUAGCGUGAUACCUACUGGAGUAUCAUCGAGGUACACAACGGAUCUAACACAUAUGGUACCAGCUGAUCAUCAGUCACCUCGUCAGGCUCGAAGACGUGAUCAAUCCGUCCCAGGUGCCCCUACGUCAUCCAAACAGAAAGCUCUUGCAAGAGCUGAGAAAAGGAGCACUCGGAAGACACAGCGAUUCAGGAGAUACGCUGCUGCUGCUGAGGCUCUCGCAGGCUCAGCGAAUCAGACAAGUCAUGACUAUGAUUCGAAUGCGGCUCCCGUUCGUUUCUCUCCCGUUCCAGCGGAUUUAACUGGGAGCCCCCAUUCUGUUCAGAUGCUUGAUUACAGCCGCGAGCCAACAGUGGCGGCGCGCGGUACUCCUCACAUGGAGCGUGGACCUCAACAUUUUGAAGUGCGAUCGGGUCUGCAGCGUUUGAAUGUCCGUUCUCGGAAUGAGAGGAUGCCCACAAUUCCUCACGAUUAUCCGGAGGUCAAUAUGCAAGACUCGCCUCAACGAGUGUAUAACCCGGAAAGCCAUAGACCCAAAGUUGGGCAUGUACCAGCAAACUACGACCACCCGCAGGCUGCGCCCUCGACGGUAAGACAUGGAUUACAGGACAUGUUAUUACAGUCUAUUGAGCCCGCAUCUCAGGAUGCUCCCCGGCAACCAUAUGAGGUUCUUCAUACCUCAUAUGGUUCGCCUCGCCGCUUUGUAGAAGCGCCCCGUAUCCUCCCUCGAGCCAUUCAUGAACCCGCGGACUCUAUUCCCCGCCUUCGGUCACCCCCGAUCAUGAGUAAUGGUAAUGAGUUGAUAGCAGAGCGCCAUCGUCGUACCGAUUAUCCUUCUAAGCAUGGCGAUGCAUCUACCGGACCGGCAUUUAUCAAACUCAAUCGCCACCAUUUUGGUGAUGAUCAUCCAGGCGUGCCUGCUGGAUUUCCCCCAGAUUGGCGUCGUCCUAUUGAUGUGGGUUUGUACCGCAACCCUCCAGUUCAUGGUGAGGGAAUGGCACACUACGAUGGCGAUGCCAGGACAAACCCGAUUAUUAUUGAUGAUGAUGCGCAUUACCGACCUCGUCCAGUGUUUGAGGUGCGACGACACCCUAGCGGAGACUACCAUGCUCCCCUUUCAAGGCAGGCAGAGGUAAUCCCUCACUCUCCUAUUCGAAGAGAGACCCGCCUCCAAGAUGAACCGCAAGUCGUAUAUGUUGAUACGCCCACUGCUCGGCCGAGAAGCACGGUUGAUUAUCAUGGCUCAGCUCACCCUCUCAGUCAUAGAUUCAAUCCGUAUCAGAAGCCAGACGGCCAUAGAGUACCGAUGUCGGAGCUACGACGUCCUGUUGACGCUUCUGUGCACCAUGAGCCUAGUUAUCCCAGAGAACCAAUGCGUAACCAUCACCAAACCCUUGGGCGGGUAAGAUCGCCUAUUAACACGUUCCGAGAAAUGCGGUCCGUUGUGGGGCCAGAUCGCCCUAACGUGCGCUACGCAAACAAUUCACACCAUUUCCAAGAGCGCUCGGAGUUUGCGCCUUUACCGAGCAUGGAACAAGAUCGACGAGACGUUCGAUAUUACAGAUUAGGAGAACAUCGUGAGGUUGUACAUCCUCAGAUGGAGUAUGAACCCAACCACCACCAAUCUCAUCUGAUCCCUCCUCCACCCCCGGAACAUUACGUGGAACGUUACGGGUCUCCACUCCGACAGCAGGUUGCUGAACGUCGCAUGGUCUAUGUCGACCGUUAAUCCUGUGUCGGCGUUGAUGAGUUAUAGAUCGAGCUACGAAUUUCCUUGAUCCUGAUAAUGAGGUUGACCAAUAGACGGACACUGGACAGCAUAACAAAGGAAAAAACGGCGUCGGCAUGAUUUGGACUAAGUCACAUUUGAGAUACCCUUUGGCAUUGAUCGAUUUCCCAAGCAUCACUGCACAGCCAGGCGUUAUUGGCAUUUGCAUCACGACAAAAGGCGCAUAAUCGGCACUUAGGCUAGAAGGCUAAGGAGUUAAAGGAUUGCAUUUUCAGCUUUGGCUAACAAGGUGUGUCGUCCCCAGCUAACAAGGGACAACACACCUUGCCCAUCACCAACCAACGCCCUUUAUUUGGAACUAUUGACAAUACAAUGGCAACGGAACAAUAGUGUGGAAUGGAGCCUACCUAGAUACAAGCUGAGCAAUGAACAUUUGCAUAUGAACAC